AAAUGGUUUGGAUGAUUUCACUUUUAAACGUAAAAAUUCUGCGCAAGCUGCAAGUAAUCGAAUUUUCUCCCGACCUGAAUCUCCAAUGAAAAAGAAAUAUAAUUCUGAGGCUGGUUAUAGUUUGUCAAAUUUAAGAAAACAUAAUUAUGAUGACUUUGAUAAUGAUAUUGCGGAUUGGUCAAUGGAGG